GGAAAUGUAGAAAAAUGGUGUCUUUGUAAUACCAUUUUAUUAGUUCUGCAGUUACUUUUGAAAUAAAUAAGAAUGGAUAAAAAUUACGGGGAGGUGUUCGCUUUAUAUGCCAUUUCGCUGAUGGGCCUUUCCAUAGAGAUUUCUAGAUUGGAGAUCACACAUUCAGUAAAUAUAAGUAGUAACCUCUUGUACAACAAUAAAUAGCUCUAACAAUGACUCUGCAAGCUAUACGCUAUCAGCGAGGUAGCCUUGAGAUCUUGGACCAACUGCUUUUGCCAGAGAUUAGUAAAUACAUCUCUAUAAAUAAUACAGAUGAAGGAUGGAGAGCCAUUAAAUCAAUGCAAGUGAGAGGGGCACCAGCAAUAGCUAUUGUUGGUUGUCUAAGCUUGGCCAUUGAGCUCACAAAUAAAGAGUUUCAAAGUACUCAAGAACUGAAAGAUUUUGUUGUAGAAAAACUUGAUUACCUUGUUUCAGCACGCCCCACAGCUGUAAAUAUAGCAGACGCUGCGGACAAAGGAAAAUCAAUGAUUCAGAAGUUAAUUGAUGAUGAAAAAUUGGAACUCGAUGAAAUUAAGCUCAAACUUGUCCAAGAAUUUGAAGCCAUGCUUCAAGCAGACAUUGAUGUCAACAAAAGAAUAGGCCAACAUGGUGCCGACUAUAUCCUGGGUGAGAACAAUGACCAGCCAGUGAAAGUGAUUACUCACUGUAACACAGGAUCUUUGGCAACUGCUGGCUAUGGAACUGCUUUAGGAGUUAUACGCUCACUUCAUGAGCAGAAUAAGUUGGAGCAUGUGUACUGUACAGAGACAAGGCCUUACAACCAAGGUGCUAGACUAACUGCCUAUGAACUGGUCCAUGAGAAAAUGGAGGCCUCCCUGAUCUGUGAUAACAUGGCGGCAGCAUGCAUGUCUUCAAACAAAAUCCAUGCAGUCAUUGUUGGUGCUGAUAGAGUGGUGGCCAAUGGAGACACUGCCAAUAAAAUCGGAACAUAUCAACUGGCCAUUGUGGCCAAAUACCAUGGUGUCCCCUUUUAUGUAGCAUGUCCGAGGACGACAUUUGACCCUCAUAUCAAAUCUGGCAAGGAUAUCCAUAUAGAAAUUCGACCUCAGGAUGAAAUGACCACACUUAAAGGGAUACGAAUAGCUGCCCCAAAUAUUAGAUGCUGGAACCCUGCCUUCGAUGUCACUCCAGCAGAGCUGAUAACUGGGGGAAUCAUCACAGAGUUUGGUGUUUUCAAGCCUCAAGAGUUGCAGAAACAGAUCUCCAAAAUAUUGGGCAGUGGAUAAUUUAAGUGCUAGAUUUUUUUUCAGAAUAUUAGCCAUAAAUACAGAUUUACUUUUUAUGUCAACUGUAAACAGUUGUUUCUAUUUGUUCGUUUAUUGAUCUGAAAUCUAGUCAUUUUCAGAAUUUUUUAUUUUUUUGUUAUUAUACCAAAAUAACCAGCAUUUUUUACUAUUCUUCUUAUAAAUUAAUCAAAUAUACAAUGUAAAUGUUAAUACUGUGUGAUUGUGGGCUAAAGUAAAUUUAUUUCAUGAUUUCAUUUUUUUUUUUUUUUUGCUUAAUGCCUUUGUUAAUAAGGAAUGAAAACAAUGUUGUAAUUGAACUUCUGUACUUAGGUCCUUGGUAAAUCAGACUGAAUUCCGCUAUUUAUUGCACUGCCCAUUUUGAGGUCAUAAUAUUUACUCAGCCCUGCACUAAAAACAAAUUAUUUUGCACAAUCAAGAAGAUUAAUAAGUCAUCUACCAAGCUAUGUAAAUUCUUCUGCAUUUGCUGUCAUAUCUUCCAUCUGGUCACCCUAAGGCUUUUGUCCAUCUUUUUAAAAUACCUCUAUUCAACUCAACCUUCAUGGAACCUGGGUGGGUGGAAAAAAACGUGCACAUGGAUCUAAAAUUUCCUAGAAUUUUCCUAGAAAUUAGACAGUUGAUUUCAUUGGAAAAAGAAUUUCUAGCUCAUUGGACACACUGGGAUAAAUCUAGUUUGACCAUUAUAAUUUUUCAAAGUAUAAAAAGAGAUUAAAUUUGGCUAGAGAACCAGGGUUAGUGUUUGGAGUUAGUGUCUUUGGGUAUUUCCAUGUGUAGUCAUUAUAUUAUUCAUGAGUUUAAAAAUUGCUCUAUAAGUAGUUUAAAAGAUGUAUUGUCUUUUUAAAAAAGUAUUUUUUUACAAGUAUUUCUUGUUUAAAACUAUGCAAAUAAUAUUGCUUUGAGCACACAUACAAACAAAGCUUGCUUUUCUAUCUUUUAUGUAGAAAAAAUAUCAAGAAAUAUAAAAGUAAAGUUAAGUACCCUUUUCAGACCUUGUGAUGUAUAGGGCAGAUGAUGUAACGGUCAUCUGUUUCUGUGGCCCACAGAUAAUGAGGGUGUCAUGUCAACUUAUCUUCCCUAACUAAUGUCAGUUACCCAUUAGAGUUGGGUGCACUCAGAAGCAAUCUAAGAAUCCUAGUCCUCACCAAGAUUUGAACCUGGGACAUCUCAGUUUGGAAGCCACUUGGCCUCCUUGCCUCCAAAAGAACAUAUAAAAGCAAUAAGCAUAAUGUUAAUAAACAAAUAAAUGUCAUGAGCUGUAUACGCCCUUGUGAAGUUUUUUUUACAUUAACAUAAUGUAAGAAUGUAGAUCCAGCAGCUGCCUCAACACUUGAUACAUCAGAUCAAUAUUCUUUUGUACUUUAAAUGUACUAAUGAAAGGUUUCUAUUUAUGCUUAGGCUUUUUGUCAUGUGUUUACUUUGAUGUAACAGAUGGUCUAGGUGCAGGAGCUGAUAAAACACACAAGUGUCCCAAUGUAUUAUUGCUUUCAUUAUGUCAUCAACUUUCUACAAAGCUUAUAUCAACUCACUCUGUCUGGUACAAAUUUUGAACACCUUAGUUCUCCCACUUCCCAUUCUUUAAUCAUGCUGAAACUUUGCACUAUUAUUCAUUGUUCCUAACAAAAUAUGAAUCAAUAAAAAAAAAUUAACCAAUUAGUUAACUAAAUAGUGUUAAUAAAUUGUGUUUGAUAUUGAUAAGGGGAAAUAAAUCUUACAGUAUUGAUAUAUGGCUGUAAAUAUAGAGUUUUUCCCUUUCAAUGAUUUUUUUUAAAACUACAUAUUAUUGUUUUUUUUAUUACUCUUCCUUGUCCCAGCAAGUUUUGUACUUUCCUAGAGCUAUUCAAUUGUCGGGCUUAUCAAGUUAUGUAAUUGUCCAUAACAAGUUCAUUUGUCUUGCAGGAAUGGAUAAAAAGUGUAGAUCCAGAAAAAUAAUGAGAAAAAGUAUGUGUAUUCUUCUUCUUCCAAUUUGAAUUUGGCAUGAAUUAAAUUUGAAGCACUGAAGCCUAGGCAAUAAAUUGGCAAAGUGUUGUCCCUAGUGUUUCUAAACAUGUGUACUAGUGGAGUAUUUCAAAUACUUUGGUGAUAGGUUUUGUGCUAAAUGACUUAAAGUCAUAUUAAAGUAUCAUAGUUUAAUCAUUUCUUUUUGAAGGUGUGUGUUUAGUGAGGGAUCACAUUCUUGUGGCUCGAGAGGUUCUGUAUAACAUUUACUAUUAAGUUUUGACUGUCAUAAUAUGUAUUACAUUUUUACUGUUAGUCCCACUUUAUGUAUGAAGACUAGAUGUUUUGUUAUAUCCAAAGAUAACUUUUUUUUUUUUCUGUUGUUGCUUAUCUUUUCACUUGGUCUGAAUUUGCUCAAGUACCUGUUUGACUAUAAAUAAAUAUAUAUAGUUUGUCUAUCGUGGUUCCACUUGACUAAAUCCUUUAUUGACAUUACUAUUUCUAAAUCAUGAAAUUGGCUACAAGUGACAAGCAUAUGGCAACUGCCAUGCUGGUUUGCACAUUUACUACUAUACCAUAUUCAACAGAAUUGGUGAUUUCCAAUAAAUGUUUUAUCUAAACAACA